UGACAACGAAAGCUGUCCACAAGGCAUAAAGAAAGGUGAAAAACGUAAAGCAAUAUGAUAGAUUAAAAAGUUAAGAAAAACGAAGUCGAAAACAGAAAACGAGUUCACCCGUCUGACCGCCAGCGUGUCUAUUGACCAUCAUUUAAAGCAGAGAGAAAAGUUAACGAACAGCCAUGAGUACAAUACUACAAUAAAAUACAGAAUUGAAGGAAGUUAAAUAACAUUUUCGAAAGUUGUAUGAAUAGGAGUUUUCAGAACUUUUACAACGAAUCGAAUCCCAAACCCUAAGUUAUAUACUUCCGCCAAAACGAAACGCAAAACAUAAAACCGAAACAACUAAUAGCAAAAGCUUCAACGCAACAACACAUUAUGGAUAUAACACCGGGUCGUGCCCCAUUUACUGAAGAUGAGGAUUAUACACCCUUACGGAAGCCUAAGUCCGCAACAAAUACGCCUACACAUGGCGCUUCGUCAUUAAAUGCAAAUAACGCGAACGCGUAUACACGUACGGUAUCGCCAUCCAAGCUAUCACCAUAUGCUAAAGAAUUUGUGCCACGUUUCGGUGGUAGCGGUAGUAAUUCUGCAGCUGGCGCUCAAGAGCGUUUAGAACGACAUCAGCAACAGUACAAUCAGCAAACCUAUCAACAAUACCAUCAACAAUCGACGCGUCCACAACGUUACUCCAAUGGUUAUCAACAAAAUAAUCAUCACAAUCAUAAUCAACAGCAAUACGGUCACCAAAUCACCUCAUUGACGGCGUCCGUACAGGAACGCUUAAAGAUCGGUAACGCCUCUGGUAGUASUGGGAACAAGAAUACUGCCAAUAAUUAUUAUAGCCAAAAUCAGUCACACCAACAUCCUAGGCAUAAUAAACAUCAUAAUCAACAUCACGGUGGACAAGGACGCUACCAACGUCACAAUCAUUCAGGUGCUACAAAUUCACAUGCUGGCAAUGGUACCACCAGUUCAGAUGUGGAAACAAUUGCACUUGACUACUUGAGAACCGUGAUUCAAUGUCUAAAUCAAAAUCCCGGACAAUUUGACACAACUGCAACAAGGUUUCUUACCAUCUUUGAGGGUAUGGAGAAUAACCAAUAUGUACUGUCGAAUGCAAUGGAAGAUAUCUUCAAUGAAUCCAUACAGAAUCCCAACUUYCGUUACAUGGGCGCUAAGCUCUACAAUCUCUUGCACAUGCUCAACUUAAAGAAAGACUCACUUUUUCACACCUUGCUCAAAUGCAAGCUGGACUAUCACCAGCAAGAGGUUAUGCAAUAUAUGAAGACAAAUCAGCAACAAAAAGUACGUGAAACGGCUCUCUUCCUCGCUGAAUUAUAUAUGCAGUUGCGCGGUGACGACACACGCAUACACCUAAUUGCCGAAAAUAUAGUGUACUCACUUAAACAGUUACUGUCGAAAGAGUCUUCCGACAAUAUACGUUGCAUUUGUUUAACACUGAAAUUGGCCGGCUAUGAUUUGACUGCAGACUGUCCAAAUGAAAUGCGUGAAAUCAUCGAGAUUUUACAAGCUGUCAAUCAGCGAUCACAGGGUAAAUAUCCGCUAGCAGCUAAUGUAAUAGCAUUGCAAAAGAAUAAUUGGGGACGCAAACUGAAUUCACCAACCGCCGAGGUGGAAGCUGCAGCAGCAGCAGCGUCAAAAGCACCAGAACCAUUGCGCAUGAGCGACGAACCGAUAUUCUAUGGGCCAGAUGGACGUGAAUUGACGGCGGAAGAGACCGACUUCUUGUCUGAUGGAGCAGCGGCUGUGCCGGGUAGUGGUUCCACUGAUGAAGACGGCGAGGGUGGCGAUCUCGAUAUCGAUCUUGAUCCCGAAAUGGAUGAAGAGACCGAAAAGGCUUACAAAGAGUUUUGCAAGCAAAAUAACGCUAGUACAUAGGUAACAGCAAUACAGUGCAGUAGUUUAGUAAUGUGUAGUUGGCGGAAACAACUUGAAUAUUUUCCAAAACCGCAACAAAACAAUUCCGCCAUAUACAAGUUUCUUCACAUUCUUACCGAGUAAAAACAAAAA